AUGGUAAGUCUUCGUGACCAGUACAUGUGGCUCCUGCUAGGUGCGCUGAGAACCUGGAGUGGGACUCCAGGGCCUGCUCUGGUGACAGGCUUUAUGGAGAACAGAUCUCUGGCAGGGCUGCUGCAGCCUGAGUUUCCUAGGCCCUGGCCACUCCUCUGAAGACUGUUGCGAGAAGUGGUGCUGAGGAUAUGUUACCUGAACAGCCUUAUCCCAGUUCUUCAGCGAGACCUCAAGCCCUCCAAUGUUCUGUUGGACCCACAGUUACAAGCCAAGCUGGCAUAUUUUGGUCUGUCUAUAUUCCAGGGAGGAUCACAGUCAGGGGCAGGGUCCAGAGAGCCAGGGGGUACCCUAGCCUACUUGGUCCCAGAAUUGCUUGCUAAUGAAAACAGGAAGGCUUCCAUGGCCAGUGAUGUCUAUAGCUUCAGGAUCCUCAUGUGGGCAGUCCUAGCUCACAAGUGCAGUGAUGAAAGGUUGUCUGCUCCAGAGUCAAGCCAAAGAUGGGCAGAAGAAGAUGGCCUUGCGGAAACAACAGACCAAUGCUCUUGUACUGGAUCCAUGGUUUCCAAGAUGCUGAAUAACCUGAAUCUGGAGGGAUCCCCCAGCCCAACUCUGGAAAAAUGCAACACACCUUUCUGA